ACCAUCGAUAGCCAGGGGAACUAUCGCUGUCCGCAGUUUUGGCAGACGAUACAGCGAGUACACACACACCCACGAGCUUACAGCGACUCUUGCGCGUUCCUUGUAUCUAGCUAGGCUUAAUGACCCGCCGAGUGCGUAUGUUCGAACUUUCGUGGGCUGUACGAAUGCCGCAAUCUGCCGCUACUGCCACUGAGCCGCCGAUGAACUGAGUGGCCGAUGAAGAAGAGCUGUAGGUAGCCGCUCAGUUGCGCUUUCUUCGGCUAUUGCUCGCGGACACGAGACCAGGACGACGUCGUCAAGACAGCUCAGUCGACGGACGUAAUGGCGCACACCGAUCUCGUGGACGUCUAGGGCUUGCACGGCGUUAACAGGUUCUCGUCGUCAGCUUUCCUGCGAAUAGGCGCCUCAGCAAAACUCUGUCGGGCAGAACCACGAGUCCAGCUGAGACAUGGGAAAAUCGCUCAGCCGCCACUGCUUGUCCAGUCGACGCGAGCGACCUCCUUCGGUCUUGUCGGUCGACGAGGACAUAGUGGGUCCCUGCACAGGCACCGCGGAGCCGGACUGCCCCUGCGUCAUCUUCAAGAAGCUCGAAGCCCUCAACAAUCGCCUGCGAUCAGUGCGACUUGAACUCGUGGAAGUCCUGCCCGGACAGCUGUCCCUCUCGUGGUACGAGUCGCCCUGGGAGUCGAGCAAGCUAGAGCCAGCCGCGACUUCUCAGUACGACCCCCGCAAGUCGCCGGCCCUCGGAAAUGUACGGGCACACCUCGCCGCCGCCGGUGACGACACUGCGCAGGUCACGGCGAAGGAGAUCGAGGAGAGAACGCGAGCCCUGACCCUCGUGCAAGACGUUCUCACGACUCACCGCUGCGUCAUCGCGGUCGAAGUCAACGGUCGCACGUUCGGCGGUCACGAAGAACUCAUACGAGACGCCAUAACGAGCGCCGGCUCGUCUCUAAGAGCCUUCAGGGUUCGCGACGUCUAUCGCGUCAGCCAGCGUCUCGUGGACGACCUGAGCGAGGCCGUGGGCUCCCUCAGCCAACUUCAAGAGCUCGCCUGGACCCACGACAAACUACAGAAGCCUCUCUCGGGCAGGCUGCUGACCCUCCUACGCACGUCGACGCUGACGUCUCUCGACCUAACCGAGGUUCACAUGCCAUUCCCGCACGCUGAGAAACUCUUCGGCACCCUCAAGAAGAACUCGAGCCUGAGGAAACUGACGCUCAGCGCUUGCCUCGUGAUCAGCGACCCGGACGAGACGAGCGGCCUGCUGCGGGACUACCUGAGCGGAGGGCACUGCGACCACCUGCUGUCCCUGACAGUACGAAAGAGCUGUACCAGUCAUCCGCCGUCCCUGAGCGCAAUCGUAGACGGCGUCUGCGACAACCGGUCGCUGCAGGACUUGAGCGUCGCGGGUUUCUUCCUGGGCCGGUGGAACUUCGCGGUCGUCGCCAAGUUGCUCAGCGAGAACCAGACGCUGCGGCGACUCACGCUCAUCGGGACCUCCUGGUUCGAAGUUUUUCAAGGCAGCUUCAAGUCGCGCGAGCAUUGGAAGAAGCGCGAGUCCGAGGCGCCCAACGGCUUUCCCCGAUGCCUCCGGGCGCUGGCGGACCACCGGUCGCUGGAGCAGCUCACCGUCGACGUCUCGACGUUCACGGUGCAACAGUGCUUCGCCUUCUGCGAGGCCGUUCGCGCCAACGAGGCGCUGAAUACCGUCACGCUGGCCCGCGUACGGAACGAGGACGUGGGCGCCUUCUGCGACGCCGUCCGGAAGACCGGCACCGAACAACGAAUUCGCCUGGACCACGGAUACGUCCUCAAGGAGGGCUGUUGCGACGACGUCGUCGAGUACCCCGCCCUGAUCAAGAACGUGGUGCUGGACCGAAACAACUUCCGCGAACCCCAGAUGAUCAACGAAGCUCUGCGAUCACUACCACGAUUCGGCCAGGUCAAUUCGCUAUCUCUCAGCGUGGUCAUCUCUCAGGAGCUGUUCGGCGUCGUCGCGAGUUUUCUGGAGGCGACGACGUCGCUCAGGAGGCUGGACCUCUCACUGCCCACGAGCGAACCGGGAAGUCGCGAGGCUCUGCUGCGCGUGCUCGCGCGAAACCGGAGUAUUCGAACACUGCGGAUCCACAAGAUGCGCUUCAGCGAUCCCGAGAUCCAACUGCUGGCCACGACGGUAUCGGACAGCUCGACACUGUGCGAGUUCGGGUUCUUCGUCGAAGACAACGACCGCGUCACGCUCAAGGCAUUCCUCUGCGCGUUAGAACCGUGGUUCUCCUGCAACUACUCCAUGCUGGAGCUCAGCCACAGUCCCGUCGAUGAUUGUCCUCAGUACCUGAGCGUAGAGCGGGUCCCGAGGCGCAACAUGGCGCUGGCCGUGCGGGCGUCGCACUACGUCAUGGGCGUCAACGCCAGCAAGCGGUGCGCCAGGGCACUCGAACUGGUGUCCAAUGGUCAAGGCGUGGUCAGGACGGUAGCCGGAUUCGCCUCCGUGGAUGAAAUGACGGCAGCUGGGCUUGUUCAGCAGGCCCUGGAACGGCUGGCCGACAUGACCACUUUCAUGAAGGCGGCGGGCGUCGUACGACAGAACUUGAUCUGCCACCCGGUGAGCGGGGAAGACUUGCGAGGUGGCGCUCGUUUGCAGCUGGAUCGAUUAGACGCGGACAGCUGGCGGCACGUGAGACGGUACAUCAGGUUGGCCGACAUCUUGGACAGUGAUUUUCAUCCACCUCUGUAACUUAUUGUGCUGGGAGUUCCACCUCCACGUUUCUUAUCCUGCGGACACUGGCUGCACUAGUGUGCGAGGAACUACGACAAAGAUGGGCAAAGGCGCCGCAGCAUCGCCGUUGUAAUCUUCCUUUGUUGAACGUUUCCGUGCCCUACUGCAGCCAAGCAUGAAUAUUUAUUACCAGUUAUUUAUUAUGCUCCAGACCAUCUAAUUGCACCGAACUCAACGGCAUGCUGAAAUGUUGCAUGACACUUUAUUUAAACACGUGACCUCUCUCUGCGGGGAAGGAAGACAAUGUGUGUAUGUCACCAUCGUAUCUUUUUACUAUAGAACUUACGUACUUAGUGUAACAUUUUUUUUUCUUUUUCAAUGCAGAGCUUUAACAUAACUGACGCCAGCGUAAAUGUAUACCAGAAUACAACAGAAUGGUAUCUCAUGAGAGCACAUAACAAUAAGAUUACUUGGUACAUUGGCUAAGAUAAUUUUUAUAGUUUGGGAUAGUAGAUAGACGAAAUACAGUUACUGGCUGCAAGAAAUCUGAGCGUUUUCGUUAGACAAGACGCCACCGCACGUCUCCACAAGUAGCGCUAAUAGAUGGCUCUUAUGUUGUGGCUUACAUCUACCUACCUCUGCUGCACGGAAACGCAGUCUACAUAUUACCAAUAGCUGACUGUAAAUUUGACAGGUGCAAGCAAUAGUGCGUCGGCAACAGCUCUGGGGCUGAAGCCAUAGAUCUCUGUGUUGCAGUAUGUCGUGUAGAAUAGCAAAGCCGUCAAAAUUAAAAAUGUAUUUUCUG